AUGCGUUUGUUUGUCUCUCCAGCACAGCAUCAUGUCAAGUGUCCGACUGAGACGAUCCAGGCAGAAGAAGGUGAUGAUGUUACACUUAGGUUUGAUCUGGAUCCCCGGGUCAACCUGGAGGAUUAUACACUGGACGUUAGGAGAACUGACCUCGACGAGGUCGUCCACGUCUAUCGACAUGGAAAGGACCACACUGAUCCACAGACGGAGCGAUACAGAGACAGAACAACUCUCAUCCAUGAAGACCUGAGCAGAGGAAUCGUGACACUGCAGAUCUCCUCAGUUCAGCUGAAGGACAGUGGACCGUACCAGUGUUUUGUCCCAGGGCUGAGAGCUGGUUGUACCACUGUCCUUAAUGUUGUGAAAAAAGUCCAACACAACAAGACGAGGACAGAUGAUGUCAUGACCACCACCUCGCCACCAAACCCUGAUGCUCAGACGGUGAAUGUUGGUGCCGUUGUUGGUGGAUUUCUCGGUGCUGUUGGCGUUCUUGGUUUUCUCUGCGCUCCUAUCGGAGUUCUGGUGAAACGUGGAACAAUCAAGGUUUGCAAGAGGACGCGCGGGGUAGCGGCGGCGCCUGAAGCAGUCGUGAUGCUGAGGCUCAAAGUGGCAGGCGGGGGUGACGACCUGCACGGCGCUGAGAAGCGAACCAGCUGAAGUGUCACCUGGACCCAGACAGAGAAUCCAUCCAAGCUCCUGGUUAACAACAGGAAUUCUUGAGUAUUCGCUUCCAGAUCAGCUGAUCGGUUCAAUCCGCUCUGACGUGAUCAACCAGUUUUAAUCCAGAACGAUGAAUGUGAGCAGAAGUGAAAUUCAACUAAAUAUAAAUGUAAUUAUUCAUAUUGUAAAUAUAUUUAUUCAGCUGUAACCUGAUGAGGGACAAAGUUCUGCUGCUCUCAGGAUGAAAACAGCCUCAUGAAUUUGGUGAUUUGCGGUUGAAAGAGCGUCUAGCUCAAAAACUUUUGAUUAUCUAUUUUACAUUAUCAUUUAAUGACUGUAUUUCAACACGUAGUAAAUCUCACUUUUAAAUGUUUUUAAAAGUAUUUCAGAUUCACUGCCAUCAUCCUCUGAAAUAUCACAUCAUCCUCAAUAUGAUCAAUAACAGAUCAUGAGACAUGAUUCCUCACUGAUCACAGCCUCGUGUCUAAAGCUUCACACAGUAUUUAUUGACAGUGCUGAAUGUUCAGAAAAUGUUUCAGUGCUUUAAUCUCCCAGAGUGACUUCCUGCAAAAUAAUGUUCUCCGAUCAGUUUUCUGAAACAAACUUCCCGAUGACUGAUCAGCUGUGUGCAUUAGAAAUUAAACUAAGCUGUGUUUUCUGUUAUGUGUGUGUGUGUG